GCGGUGCAUACUGGGAGUAUCCGCGCGACGCUGAUUCAGUUACCGAAGGCAGGCGCGAGGACGCUGAAAAUGGUGCAGCACCCAGCAGCGGAGAAGGCGCCGCGCUCGCGGGACGGUGCGUCCUGCGCGAGCCCCUCGCUCUGAGACUCUCCCGCGACGACGGAACAGGUGAAUGGCAGGGUUGGGUAAAGAGCAGGCCAGCCAAUGCAGUGUGUAGGCCCAGGAGUCCACGUCGACGAAAACAUGAACGGGUCGGGAGAGCAGGUGGACAUCCUCCCCCCCAACUGUAUGGUCAAGGAGCGAUGGAAAGUGCUGAAGAAGAUUGGGGGUGGUGGCUUUGGAGAGAUCUAUGAGGCGCUGGACUUGCUAACCAGAGAGAACGUGGCUCUGAAGGUGGAGUCAGCACAACAGCCCAAACAAGUCCUCAAGAUGGAGGUGGCUGUGUUGAAGAAACUCCAGGGGAAAAACCAUGUGUGUAAGUUCAUCGGCUGUGGCAGAAACGAGAAGUUUAAUUAUGUGGUCAUGCAAUUACAGGGGCGGAACCUAGCGGAUCUGAGGCGGAGUCAACCCCGAGGGACCUUCUCCGUGAGCACCACCCUGCGUCUCGGCAAACAGAUCCUGGAGUCGAUCGAGGCCAUCCACUCUGUGGGCUUCCUCCACCGGGACAUCAAACCUUCAAACUUCGCCAUGGGCCGCCUGCCGUCCACAUACAGGAAGUGCUACAUGCUGGACUUCGGCCUGGCGCGCCAGUACACCAACACCAGUGGAGACGUGAGACCACCUCGCACGGUGGCAGGAUUCCGUGGAACAGUGAGAUACGCUUCUGUCAACGCUCACAAAAACAAAGAGAUGGGUCGUCAUGACGAUCUAUGGUCCCUGUUUUAUAUGCUGGUGGAGUUCACUGUUGGACAGUUGCCAUGGCGAAAGAUCAAAGACAAGGAACAAGUGGGUCAGAUCAAGGAGCGCUACGAGCACAAGGUGCUCCUCAAGCACAUGCCCACGGAGUUCCACAUCUUCCUGGAGCACGUGCUGGGCCUGGACUACCACGCCAAGCCCGACUACCAGUUGCUGAUGUCUGUAUUUGAGAAGAGCAUGAAGGAGAGAGUGAUAACAGAGAAUGAGCCCUUUGACUGGGAGAAGACGGGAACAGACUCGCUAUGUACGAACAGCACUGCCACACCCCCUCAACAACAUACACGGCAGACCGCGGCUAUAGUGGGAGUGGUGAACGUGACUCCCGUUCCUGGAGAACUGCCAAGAGAGAACACGGAUGACGUCCUGCAGGACGAACACUUGAGUGACCAGGAAAAUGCCCCACCUGUCCCGUUACCCAUCAGGCCUGGCGAGGCCGCCCUGGUGCCGUCCGGUGGGGAGGUGUGGGAUGACACCGACUUCAACCGCAACAAACUCAGGAUAAGCAUUAGUAAGAACCAGGUAACUGCAGAAGAGGAGGAGCUAGCUGGAGGGGUGCAGCCUGUCUCUCCAAGGGGCGGAGACCCAGAAUCCCCUGGUGCACAAGGCCGGCCAGUCAGGUAUCGGCGCGUCAACAGUCCUGAGUCAGAUCAUGUGUCUGGGGACGGGAGAGAUGAUGCCUGUGAUAAACGGUCCCGCGUGGACAUGCUGGGCUCGCCCUCACGCCACAUCUACUCCUCCCAGCCAGCGCAGAUGCUCUCCCUGGACGUGGGUCCAGCCGAUCGGCAGGCGGGCGGCCCCCCCGACGUCUCGGCCAACGGGGACCUGGAAGCCCACAGCAAUGCUUACAUUCGCUCUGUGCCCCUGGCCGAGGAGGAGGACUUCGACAGCAGGGAGUGGGUGAUCAUUGACAAGGAGGCGGAGCUCAGAGACUUCCACCCGGGGGCGGAGCCUACGACGUCAGGCACCACGGACGAGGAGCCGGAGGAGCUGCGACCCCUGGAGGAGCUCGAGGAGAGAAGGAGGCGAGGAGCAGGUGGAGUUGAUGCUGCAGUGCGGCCCAAAACCCAUCGUGGGACUACGGGAUUGGUUGGGGAGGAGGGGGCGGGGCCGAGCCCCAGCCAAUCACCUGGUCACACACUGCUGCAUACCAGCCCACAAAGGAGGGAAUCCGAGCCAUUUGGCCCACACAGACAGGAGUCUCUGGAUGUGGAGUCCGUCGCAUCUGUAUCCCUCACUAGACUGAGGCGGGUAGACUUCCUGUCUGGCGUGUUGAUGUUCGACGCUCGCGUGGAUGUGGGCGGAGCAAGGCGGGGCUCCAGCAGUGAAGGAAGCCCUGAGGGGGCGGCCUCCACGCUCCUGGCCCCGCCCCACCGGGACCCUGACCAGGAGGAAGGGUCCCGCACCCUGGUGCUCAUCUCUGCCGGCAAUGGGGCCAGUUCCCCUGGCAACGGGCUGGUUUCCCCUGCCGACGGGCAGGGGACACUAGCAGCACUAACACCUCAGGGCGAGCGGCCGGCGCCGGAGGAGUCGGAGCCUGGAACGCUCUCGUCCGUCCUCAAGUCAGAGCCGCGGCCCAUAGUCAUGACGACUGUUGCUGCGAUCGCCGGCGGCUCCUCCUCACCACCCUUCACCAAGGUGGAGCGCACGUUUGUGCACAUCGCUGAGACGACACACCUGAACGUCAUGACAACCAGGCGGCAGCUGGCGGGGCCGGCCGACGAGCCGUCCCCGGGACGCGAACGAGUGGAGAGACUCGAAGAGAGGGAGGAGGAGGAGGAGGAGGAGGAGGAGGACAAAAGUAAGGGAGAAGAGAAAGAAAGAAAGAAAGAGGUGGAAGAGGGUGGAGAGGAGGAGUUUGAGAGGGAGCAGAGAGAUGAAGGGAGUAAGAGAGACGCUGCAGAGCAGAGCGAUGAUCUCGAGGAGGAGCACAAAGAAGGAGAAGAACCAGCAGGACAAAAAGAGAAAAGCAGAUCUUCAGAACUCGAGGGGGAGUCACAUGACCUCCAGGAACCUUCAGCCAUUGAUCACCAAGCAGCUUGGUUUACACCGACCGAACCGGAAGGUAAACCAGAACUUGUGCUAGCAUUGGCGGAGGGGCAGAAUCAGACAGAGGAUGGGGAGUGUCCUACCCCAGCCACUGACACAAAAAGGGAGCUGGUGUCAGACGCGGUGGGGGCAUCUCGGCCUGCGAAGGAGGCAAAGUCGGAGGGCCAAAAGGGCAUAUCCGGGCCCAGGCCUCAGCCCCACCCACAGAGGCCCAGUCGCAUUCCGGUGCUGAUGUCGGAAGAGGAGACCGGUUCAGACCGGUCAUCUCAAACCAGCCAAGACCAGUCGCCACGACCCCAUAAAACCCGACCGCCACACUUAGUCCGCCUGGUUUUGGAGCGCAAGCAGUCACGUUUCCGCCACCAAUCCACCUCCUCCCCCUCCCCAACCCUGUCAGCAACCGCCUCAGAGGAUGACACCCACCAAUCAGACGACUCGGUCAAAGCAAGAGGAGCAGUGGGACCAAUGAGGAGCAAGAUCCCGCGGCCGGUCACGCCCAUUAAGAAGUCUUCCAUCCAGUUAGGAAGUGUGAUCGUUCCUCAGACUCAGAGAUCUGCCUCCUUCAUUCAAUCUAGUUCUGGGAUGCAGAAGUCUGCAAAUGCACACACAAGUGUGCAGCAGCCUAGACCUCAGCUCCGCCUCUCCAAAACACUGCCAUGGUCCCAACAGCCAGGCUCCUCCCCCUCUCUGGGUGGUCGGACAGCUCUGCGUAGUCAGUCCCGGCCCACCGCUUCUCCGAACAUCCGUAGCAUAAGCACCUCGCCCCGCAGUUACUCCACCUCCCGUACAGAUAGCCCAUCCCCCCAGCGGCUCCGCCGGCAGCCUAUGGCUGGCGAGGCACCGAGGGCCCUCCAGCAGCCACGCCCCUUUUCGACAUCACAACCAAAGUCCAAACCUCAGGACUCCGACCGCAAAAAGAGUAAGGCGUACCCGACAGCCACGCCCCCGAAAGGGAAGACACACCCGACAGCCACGCCCCCGAAAGGGAGGAAAGAUGCAUCUGUGAUGAAGUGUAAAGGCAGAUAAUUCCUGUAAAAGCUUCUCCCCGUCCAUGGGCAUCACGUCUGCCCUCCACCACAUUCUCCUUUUUGUCCUUUCAAGCACCAUCACCCAAUGCCAACUUGCUCCCUGUCACAGAUCUGCGUUUUCAAAUCCAACAUGAUGGAUCUGAGUAAAGCUUUGUGGUGUUCUCGUUUCAGUUACGUGACUGUAACAACUGCUUAAAUACCUCCAAAGAGGACCUUACAUUCUCUCUCUCUCUCUCUCGCUCUCUCACACACACACACACACACACUCACACACAAAGUGACCAUGAUGGUGACGAUGUGUGUAAGAACAAAAUCCACACUGACAGUGUGUCAGACACUAGGACACACGGCCCUGCCUUAAUAAAUCCUACAGCAUCAUCACAGUAAACCUCACUGUAAACACAUGAAAAGCUGCACAUGCUACACUCUACGCUCGCCAAUGAAACUGCGUCACACAAUUAAUCACGUUUUUAUUUCGCAUAUUUUUUAUGAGCUACGUUGCUGAACUGCUUAGAGAUACUCAGAUGCUUUGAAAGUUUAGCAGUGAUAAAUUGAGGAAAUUCAAGGGUUUUUUUUUUUUUAGAUUGGUUAUUCCCUUGUAUAACCGCUAUUUUAGAUCAGUAUCUCAGACCAGGAUUAGUACCAAACCGAGACUUAAGGGACCUGCAGUAGUGAGUCACAAGUGACAUUACAACUAAGUCUAAAACCAAGAUAAGUUGAACCUAUAGGACAAUGUGGCAACACGUUUUAAUAGUACUGGUUCGAGUUAUGUCUCUGAUACUGUUUCUCCUCCUACUGCUCCAAGCACUUGUAUUUCAUCAUGGAGGCCCAGGUUUUGUUGAUAUUUCUGCCGUGAAUAUGGCGUUUAAUUAAUUAAGGAAGAAUGGUACCUUUUGUAGUUCCCAGAAGUCACUACUUCUUAAUUAGGCUAAAUAAUCAUUUUUUCAUAGGAAUUUAAUAAGUCGUACUUAAAUAGCUGAGUUUACCUCAGCAUGCAGUUGAUGAUGAGAUAUUCAAUCCUAAGUGAAUCCCAAAGACAAAACCCAUGUCACUUCCCUUAGACGUACACAGUAAAAAUGUUGGCGCAACGCAGACUUAUAUUGUCUCUUUCAGAAAAGAACAGAGAGCUGUUGCACCAGUUUGUACUAAAAUUGUGUAAUGCCACCAAUUAUUGUGACAUUUACCUGGCUCCAAAUACUGCACUUUACUUUUUUACAGUUUGAAAUGCUAACAAACAAAUCUAGUCCAUAAAUACAUGCAUACACUAGCACAAAUGAUCAGUGAGUAAAAUAUAUCAGUAUUUAUGUGUAAUGCAUAUAGGAAACUUAAGUGUGCCCCAUAAACUCACUGGCAUUGCCUGUCUACAUCAAGCCAUGACUUACAGUGCUCCAAAAUUUUAGGGUUAAUUGUGCACACAUUUUACCAAGCACUGCCCAUCCACCUGAUUGGUUCGCUGAUUACUGACACACACUCUGAUAGGCCCAUUCAUUUUGUGACCAGCACUACAUUAUGCCUUUGCCAUGUCUUUGGUUAUACUACAUUGCUGUUUCUGUAAUGGUCUCUUGAAAAUAUGUAGAUAUUAUAAGUACUUUUCAAAACAAAGUUCUAUUUAUUUUUUUCAAUUAUGGAUCAAAUGAAUGUAAUAUAAAAAUUAGAAGAUAGUGUUGUACUUAUGUUUUAUUUUUAGUUUGAAGUGUACCAUACUCAUUUUACAUCAGACCAGAGUAUUAAAAAUACUGUAGGGCCAGAAACUACCCAUAUACCAGAUGGAAUAUGUGAGCUUUAUCAGACUACAGAAACGCCAGACAGAAAAUGUGAGCUUAUCAGACUUAAUCAGACUACAGAACUAGUUAAAGUUGGGUAAUUGGUCCACUGAAAUCAGGAUUAUCAGAAUACUAAAAACACUAACAAUUUAAAUAUGAAACACGUUAUAUACGAAAGCAACUGUGAUGUAGGUCUAUUGAUUUUCAUACGAAGCAGUGUAAAGUCAGCGCAGGUAUUUGGAGAAGUCCAUGUCUUCAGACACUACAAAACAUACAUCUCAAAUAUAAUUUGCCUUUACCAUAUAGAAAUGCAGAAAUUAUCCCUGUUAGAAAUACCUGUUUGUUCAUAUUCCAUAUGAGCACAUUUGAAUGUCGAUGUGUAAAAUGUAGACUGACAGGCCUGUGAUAUGUUUAAAAUAAUGAGGGUUUUUUGACGGAUUCCCGAACGUUUUCAAGAAAGAAACAGAAACCCUUACUCGGGGUUCUGAUGUAAUGGAAAUGUUCUACGAUAUUGUUCUCAGCAGAGAACACUUGUGACAUAAAUAAUUUCACUCUGACAGAUGUAGCCUUUGGUUUGUUGUAUGUGUGUGUAUCUAUAUGCGCACACACGUUGCUGAUAUGUGUGAACCUUCAGGCAGUGCCUCUUACUGAAUGGUCUCUUUGCUGCAGAACAGUUGCAUGUUAUAUGAUCGAAAUGGAAAACAAGAGCUCCAGAAAAUUCUGUUUCUGCAGUGUUCUUGAAGAGUUCUCUCUCUCUCUCUCUCUCUCUCUCUCUCUCUCUCUCUCUCUCUCUCUCUCUCUGGCUAUGAAUGAAAGAGGAUGAAUAGAUGCAGAUAUAGAACAAGGCAGAUGAAAACAUGGAGAACAGCACCAUGAGAACAGAGGUUUUUUUCACCCUCCCAGCUCCAACAUUAAGGAGGGAGUCUUGCAUGACUGUGAGUUUCUUAAAAGAAUCACGAUUAACUAAAUGCUUUUCUUAAUUUCCAAUUUUCUGACCAGUUAUCCAAAUUAUUAGCGAUGCCAAUCAAUAAAAAAUACACAAAAGUU